AUGGAUAGCUGCUUUACGCCAGCUCCCGUACCUUCAGUUGCCCCGGCGCCGAUUCUGCCAGAAGCUACUGCUUGUGACUCUGCUGUCGCGGGCGUGCUGGAUGAUGCGGCCAGUCUUGCCAUCGAUGCCGAGAUUGCUGCUCGUGAUGGAGGUGAGGUCUUCCCUACUCUGCCUAUUGGCCCAUGA